AUGCGCCGCUUUACGUCUCAGGUCGCUAUUUUUCUGUUGCUCGUUGUUGGAGCCGCAGCGAGGAUUUCUCCCGCUCAGAGACGGAAUGUAGUCCGCUCGUUCAACCCGCACCGUAACGUCAGCUCUUCAACAACGCCCCUGCAGGUUGGCAAUGGCAAUUUUGCGUUUGGGGCAGAUAUUACCGGUCUACAGACAUUCUCGCCUUUCGCCAUCGAGAGCUCUUGGGCUUGGCAUAAUUUCAGUUUACCUAUUACUUCUAAUCAACCCUCUCCUUCUGAUUUCACAGGGUUAGACUGGUGGACGCAUGAUCGAUUUGUCAAUUAUGAUAUGCCCAACCCAGCCGAAGAAGAUAUUUCCAAUUGGCUCAUUCAAAAUCCUCAAAGACUGAGCAUAGCCAAUAUCGGCCUUUAUUUCCCGGGACAGAAUAUCACCGAGGAAGAUUUGCUCUACAAGUCCCAGGAUUUAGAUAUCUGGGAAGGAACUAUCCAGUCCUCGUUUCGCCAUAAUGGAUCCAAGGUCUCUGUCCAGGUUUGGUGUCACCCAGCCGACCCUACUGUAGGAAUACAGAUCAAGUCGGAUCUGCUAGUUUCUGGAGGCUUGGGCGUUUUCUUUGAUUUUCCCAGCUCCGACACUAAUAAAUUUGACGCACCUUUCGUUGGCGUGUGGAAUGAUAACACCAAUAGCACAGUGCACAUGAAAUCGACACCUGGCAUGGCCUCGUUUGAGCACGUCCUUGACAAUAAUAUCAACCGACUGGGAGUUAAGUGGAAUGCCAAGGGCACUGUCUCUGGACCCUUGGCUGGGACAAAUCGAUUUAUCCUCACUCCUUCAGGGUCGAAUACUCUGCAGCUUGUGGCGGACUUCCAGUCGGCUAGCAACACUCGCUAUGACCUCCCAUCAUUUGAGAGCAUUGCGGCUGCGUCCAAAGAGUGGUGGGAGGAUUACUGGACCUUAGGUGGUUUUAUAGACUUGUCAGCCACUGAUAAUGUCAAUGCCACUGAGCUCCAACGCCGCAUCAUCCUCUCACAGUACCUUGUUGCAGUGAAUGAGGCGUCAAAUAACCCUCCUCAAGAAUCUGGACUCGUGAAUAAUGGGUGGUACGGAAAGUUUCAUCUUGAAAUGUUCCUAUGGCACAGUUUACAGUUUGCCCGGUGGGGACACUAUGACCUUCUUGCCCGUAGUGCCCCGGGCACAUAUAAAAGAUUUCUCCAGUCCAGCAUCGACAGAGCCAAAGCACAAGGAUAUGAGGGAGCCCGCUGGGGAAAGAUGACCGACCCGACAGGCCGAAGUGCCCCAGGUGAGAUAAACGCGUUACUGAUCUGGCAACAGCCUCACGUCAUGCAUUUCGCCGAAUACGCCUACCGCGCCGUUCCCAACCAAGACACACUACAAGAAUGGGAUGAUGUAAUAACAGCCACUGCCGACUUCAUGGCCUCAUAUGCGUGGUGGAAUGAGACAACCAAAUUAUACGAUCUGGGUCCUCCAAUGUACCCGGUCAGCGAGAAUACCAGCCCUAACAGUACUAUCAACCCGACCUUCGAGCUUGCAUACUGGCGCUUUGGUCUGGAAAUUGCUAUUCAGUGGAAAGAACGUCAGCAAGUCUCUGUACCGGAGAAAUGGGUGACCGUGAGAGAUAAUCUCGCUCCGCUUCCUGUUAUAGAUGGUGCCUAUGCUGUUUACGAAGGUAUCCCUGAUAUGUGGAAGGUGAAUAGUACCACCGUACAGGAUCAUCCGGCCAUGAUUGGCAUUUAUGGCUUGCUUCCACCUCCGUUGACUGGUACACCACUCAACCUGACUACUAUGCGGCAUACUGCUAAGCUUAUCAAGGAGCUUUGGGACUUAGGGGAUUCUUAUGGGUGGGACUUUAGUAUGUUAGCUAUGAACAGUCUGCGUCUUGGAGACAUGGAUCAGGCCAUCGCGUAUCUUCUUGACCCUUACUAUGUUUUUGACGAUGCUGGAUAUGCUGAAGGGGGAGUUCGGGUCCCCACUCCGUACAUGCCUGAUGCUGGCGGUUUGUUGUUGGCCGCUGCUAUGAUGGCUGGAGGCUGGGAUGGAAACGAAGGCCCUCAUUUCCCUGCAGAUUGGGACGUCACUGUGGAAGGCUUCAGUCCCAGCCUCUGA